AUGCAAGGAUUCCUCACUGAGCUUGUUACCAUUGAUGCGGAAUACAAUUUGAACAGCGUAAUCACUCUUUACGUCCGCCAUGGCAACGCCGCCUUUCGUAUCUACUAUGAUCCACAGAUCCUCGCCGUCUCCCCUCCUGUCUUGGAACAGCAUCAUGAAGCGUACAACAUCAUGCAUGGGGAUGAUCCAGGUGGAGAAUACCUUGAAUUGGUGAAACGUCUCAGAGGCCCGUUUGAGGAACUCAUGACUCAGAUGGCCCCAAAUCUGAUGGAAUCUACUCGGUACCUACACAGGUAUCUUUACCCGCCGUGGUUCAUUCUCGAGGCAAGGGUAGGGGAGGGUAGCAGCCACAUUCAGCCACAUUUCAAGGAGACCGUCUCGCGACAGGCAUUAAGACACCCGGGUGAAGCUGUGAUCAGAUUUGGCCUGAAACCGUACUUAGCUCCCUUACUUGACUCAAAACUCAAAAAGUACUCAUCUGAUCAAGUGCAAAUUCUGGAUCAAACGUUACUUUGGGUUCCAUCUCGGGUUCUUGUGGAUAACAAAGAGUACUUCUUUAAGCCUUGGGUGGUAUAUCGAGGACAUACAUACCACGACAUACAGUCAUAUAGCAAGAUAUUGGCGGACUCCGAGGCAAGCCAGUCACUUCUUACCGAUACACGCUUCUGUCACCUUCACGGUCUGAUCAUUGAUAAUGACAAGGAAUUUCUUCAACACUAUCCUCUUGAUAGCAAUGAAGAGGACUACUCUUGCACACGUUUGGUCGGACUACUUCUUACCUACAUCGAGAAUAAAGGCACUCUGAGAGAUGUGGCGCCUUGGUCUGACUGUACAAAUGAGGAUCGGCUUCGCUGGUCUAUGCAGAUACAGAACUAUGUUAAGUGUUUGCAUGAGGCAGGCGUGGUUUGGGGUGACGCGAAGCCUGAGAAUGUCUUGGUUGAUAUGAAGGGCGAUGCCUGGCUCAUUGAUUUUGGUGGUAGUUAUCGCCCGGGAUGGGUCGAUGAGGAUAAGCAGGAAACUAUGGAAGGAGACCUGCAGGGCGUGCAAAGGAUUGAUGAAUGGCUCCGCGAAUGUUCCCGCCAGCCUACUACUCGUAUUAAGUGA